AUGAUUGAGCUGCUGGGAACACCUCCAACACCUCCGCUUCCCAAAUUCACCAUAACCUCUUGGCCAUUCGACUUUGUCGCCUUAUCUAUCGCGGUCAAUGGGGCACCUACGCAAUUUGCCACUGAUUUCCAAGUGACGGUGACGAGGUUUGAGGUUAUGAAAGGUCCGAUGCUUGUCAUUUCGAGUACGCGGAUGAUUAGGCCGGAGAAUGCGGGUCUGUGUGGAAUUCAAGGAACACCGUUCAACCCGAUAAAAGACGGCGGUUUCGCAGCGAUAUGUGGACCUGACGGGAGGCAGCUAACUCCCCAAAUCGAACUGGGAGAGGAGAGGAUUUUGUACCCUGAUAUCGACCUCGCCGAUCUGGGUGUCGAUCCUGUGGGGCAUUACUCCCGACCGGAUUUACUAGCGCUUCAUCUUCCCACCCCAGCUGCAAAUCUGAAUCCGUUGGCGAAAGAGGGUGAGAAGAAGAAUGAAGAGUAUGCGUUACCGGCGAAGAUUCUACAGUUGGCGGAAGAUUGA